AUGCGUGAUUUUAUUCCUUUCAUACCAGCCUCUACAGAAGGCGUCAGUAUAUCAAUUUGGGAAGCUGCUCUGGAAUCUUGGCUUGCAAAUUUAACAGAAUUACUGAACUUGUCAGAUGAAACCUUUUUACGCGAAAUUAAGGCAAAUACGUCACUUCAACAUUUCAUCGAACGAGUACUAGAAGAACAAAUAGAUAACGAAAACACCAUUGACGGCAAACUGUUGCGUUAUGUCUUCUAUGUGUACAACAGGCUGGCCGAGUUAUGUAGUAUGGAUGAUGACUAUUCAAUGCUGAAAUGUCAACCCUUUUGCAACUUUAUUAUUGUGUUUAAUCAAUCCAACACCGAGCAAGUACGACGAAUGACAAAAUUAGUAUUGGGAAAGUAUAGCGACCUAGAAGAAAACAUCAUAUCCAUCAUCAAUUCCCUAGUUCAAACUCUUCAAUUGUUUUCAAACGUACUGGUGACGCCGAUUCCCCAAGAUGUUUUGAUUCGAGGUUAUAUGUCUAUGCAGAUACUACAGACACUAUUGUCAGCAACCUUAUUAGUAGACUCUGUUCAUACUGCCUUCAUCGAACUGGACGCAAUAUUGAUUGAUUCCUAUAAUGAUCUUACGCCUAAUCUUAAAAAAACAGUUGAACUUAGUGCUGAAGCCGCAACCUAUGCCUUUCUGCUUAAGAAAGCAAUUGUGUCUGUUUUCAACACAUAUGUUGAUUAUCAUUACUUCCAACCGCUGGGAUACACUACUUCCUCUAAGAAUCCCAAUCGCCUUAUUAAAGUUUCGACUGCCAAUGAAUCGGUUCUCGAUCAUUUACACCAAAAAAUUCUAGAAUAUGUAGAGAAAAGCGAUCUGAAAACGACGCAGAACGCAUUCGUUGAUGGACCAUUGAUUAUGGAUUGGGAGGUAGAAUAUCACAUCGUUGAAAAGUUGGAUUUCAUUAACCGCGAACUCUUCCAUGGAGAAGAUGAACGUACAAUAUUUCUCAAAUUGAUAAUGGAGCAAGUUCAUGACAGUAAUAAGGGAGAAGAAUCUUGGGGGGACAGCCUUAUUACAGAAGAUGAUAGUGUAGGAUCGGAAACCGCAACACAAAUGGAUACGGAUUUGGAAAACAUGGCCAAAAUAUCACAAAUUCAUGAUCUCUUUCCUGACUUCGGCGAAGGAUUUAUUGAAGCUUGUUUGCAGGCCAAUAAUGGCGAUACUGAAGCUGUAGUGAUGCAGUUAUUGGAAGAUACACUCCCUCCCACUGUCAGCAAUUUGGACCGUACUAUGCAAAGAAAGGCUCUGCCUAAUGAAAUCGCCAGUGUCAGUAGUUUUCAAGAUCUGGAGAAUGAGGAACAAGCGACGGCACUCAAUAGAAAUCAGCCACGUAACGAUGGCAGUAUUUUGUCGACCCGACAUAAUAUUUAUGACAAUGAUGAAUUUGAUGUCUUUAAUCGCAAGAAUAUUGAUACAACGAGAGUCUACGUUGGUAAAAAAGAUAAAGGCACUGCUGAUGCACUUCUUAAAAAUGAACGUCUUACAGAAGAAGAUAAGAAGAAGGUCAUACAACGUGUUGUGGAUAUUUAUGACGACGAAUAUGAUGAUACAUAUGAUGAUAUAAAUGAUGCGGGCAUACCAGCCUCAACUGAGACUGAAGAUACCGAUUCAGCGAUGGAUGUUGUCAAACGAAAACAAGAAGCUGUAGACCCUGGAGUGCAGAAUGAAAGCUUGUUAGUACACACAUUUGUUGAUAAUCCACAGUUGUUUGAACGUGGCGGUGCUGUUCGUAAGUCCGCUGCUCGUGCUGAACUACGAAAGCGAACUUGUAUGUCGGAUGAACAAUUGGAAGGCUGGGCAAUUAUGUUCAAGCGGAAUCCACGUAAACAACGAAUUCUUGACAAAUACAUGCUUUUCGAUGGGCAACAGGAGCAAGUAUCAGAAAAAACUACUGAAAAACAACGACAAGCAGGCAAAGAAGACGCUAAAAGAAAUGUUGUGUCUGAAACAAAGGAUCAUGCUUUCAAGCAGAAAAACAAGGCUCGUUUUGCAAACCAUAAUCGAAAAGCACAAAGGGAUAGAAAAAUCGCCAAAGCAGCUCCUUCUUCUAACUAG